AUGGAACCCUCAGCUUCUCCAGCUUCGCGCCGCCGCAUUCCCGGCUUGCCCCAUCCUGUGCUUGCCGCCGCACAGCAGAAAUGGCUCUUCACCGACGAGGAGCUCGAGCGUACCCCGUCGCGCAUGGAUAAGAUCGAGCGAGGAAAAGAGGACUACAUUCGGCACCGGGCAGUUGAGUUCAUCUGGCAGGCAAGCAUGAUGCUUAAGAUGCCGCCGCAGACCUCGAUGACGGCUACAGUGUACAUGCACCGGUUCCUCAUGCGGUACUCGCUCCUCGGCCAGGAUCCGGCGGCGUCGGGCUUGAUGCACCCCAAGGUGAUUGCGGCGGUGGCCCUGUUUGUCGCAUUCAAGGUGGACGAGACGGUGCGACGCAUGAAGGACUUUGUGAUCGCCUGCUGCCGCGUCGCCUUGAAGCAACCGGACAUGAUAAUCGACGAGCAGUCCAAGGACUAUUGGAAAUGGCGCGAUCUUAUCCUGCAGAACGAGAGUGUCAUGCUUGAAUUCCUUUGCUUCGACCUGCAAAUCGAAUCCCCCUACCGCAUCCUCUGGGACUACGCUCUUUUCCUGAACGUUCAUGACAACCGACCCUUGCGCCACGCCGCAUACGCCUUUCUCAACGACUCCACCUACACCGUCCUGUGUCUGCAGUUCCCUUCUCGGGUCAUCGCCGCCGCAGCUCUGUACGCCGCCGCACGCCAUUGUCACGUUGCAUUCCCGGACGACGACGAAGGUCGGCCCUGGUGGGAGCAGAUCGAUGUCCGUCUCGAGGACCUGAUCCGCGCCUGCAAAUUCAUUGUCAAGAUCUAUGAGCGUGUCCAGCAGAACCUGAGCAAAGGGUAUCCCGACUUCGCCCUCUCAGACACCCUUCCAGAAGACCCGACACGCCUCCUUCCUAGUGGCUCCAACCCCGAGGCCAGGCAAACUCUCAGCGCGUCCAAUGCACCCUCUCUCGCCACACCCGAGUCUGUCACUCCGAACGGGCGCAAGCGCUCCCGCGAGCCUGACCUCCCUCCUUCCGCCGCCCAAGUCCCAAACCAGCCGCAGCAACAACCCUCUCCUUCCAAGGCGUUGAACGGGGAGCGGUCUCCCAAACGCCAGCGAACUGUUUCGCCCGGCCCCAAUGCAACGGUUCCCACCCCCGAACCAUCGGGGUCUCGACCGCGCAUUCCGUUGAAGGCUAUGGAGUCAUCCGCGCAACCUACGCCCACCAAGGACCAGAAGCUACCAGAUCUCUCGGAGAAUGAAAAAGAGAAAUCAAGUGCAGAAGAGGGUGAGAUCCCUGAGGAAACUCCCGCCGAUUCGACCACUGCCUCUGUCUCUGCCUCUGCCCCUGUCCCCACGGCUUCCGAUACCGUUGAGCAGGGAAAGCCCGAGCCCGAAAAGGGGAAGACCCUUACUGAGACCGGCACGGAGAACGAUCAGGAUGAGGGUGCAGGUAGUGAGGAGGGCGAGAUUUAG